UCAGGAGCAGGGAAUUUAAGGAGAGUAACAAACACUUCAGUUCAAAUUUUAGGAGAUCUUUCUGGCUGCUAUCAGUUGAGCAUGAGUCAAGGGCAAAGUCAAGAGACUUUGGGUGGGAGACCAUAUUAGCAUUGAUGGAGCCUGGACCUGACGGUCAGGGCCAUGAAAGGAGAAAAAGUGAUGUGACAUAGAUGUUGGCUAUACAGUGGACAGGACACUUUCUCUAAACAGACAUACACAGUUCUUCAGAUUCCUGUCUGCGCCUGAACAGAGUCUUGUCUGAGCUGACACCACUGCAUAAUCCACGACAUCUUCGCAGGAAAGCCCGUGAACCCUCUGCCAGGCUCAUAGGAGGACAGGGCUGGGCAUUGGAUUCAGAGGCCAAUUUCAGAUCAGCUUCCCUGAGGGUGAGGACCAGUAGGCAUCCCCCAAGAUGGGUGAAAGGAAAGGUGUGAAUAAAUACUACCCUCCAGAUUUCAACCCUGAAAAGCAUGGCUCCCUCAACCGGUACCACAAUAGUCACCCUCUUCGGGAGCGAGCUCGGAAGCUAUCACAAGGCAUCCUCAUCAUUCGAUUUGAGAUGCCAUAUAACAUCUGGUGCGAUGGCUGCAAGAACCACAUCGGCAUGGGUGUUCGUUACAACGCGGAAAAGAAGAAGGUUGGCAAUUACUAUACAACUCCAAUCUACAGGUUCCGGAUGAAAUGCCACCUCUGCGUCAACUACAUCGAGAUGCAGACAGACCCUGCCAACUGCGACUAUGUGAUUGUAAGUGGUGCCCAGCGCAAAGAGGAGCGCUGGGACAUGGCAGACAACGAACAGGUGCUGACAACAGAGCAUGAGAAGAAGCAGAAGCUGGAGACGGAUGCCAUGUUCCGGCUGGAGCAUGGUGAGGCCGACAGGGGCACACUAAAGAAGGCACUUCCUACCCUAAGUCACAUCCAGGAGGCCCAGAAUGCCUGGAAGGAUGACUUCGCCCUCAAUAGCAUGCUGAGGAGAAGGUUCCGGGAAAAGAAAAAAGCCAUCCAGGAGGAGGAAGAGAGAGACCAGGCACUGCAGGCCAAGGCGAGCCUGACCAUCCCGCUGGUGCCUGAGACAGAGGAUGACCGCAGGCUGGCUGCCUUGCUCAAGUUCCACACCUUGGACUCCUAUGAGGAGAAGCAAAAACUCAAGCGGACAGAGAUUAUCAGCCGCUCCUGGUUCUCCUCCGUCCCGGGCUCCAGCACCAGCAGCAAAGUUGGCAGCGUCCUGAAGAAGCUCACCCAGAGCCGCAAAACCGUGCCCACCAGCUCUCCCAUCACAGUGGGAAACCUGGGUAUUGUGCGGAGGAAGUCCCGGGAUGUCCCAGAGAGCCCACAGCAUGCAGCUGAGACCUCCAGGUCUGGAGAAUCUCAGGUGCCAGAGAUUACCCAGGACAAGACCACAUCCCCUGGACACUGUCCUCAGGAGCAAGCAAAGACCCCCACGACAAGAGGGCAGGACGGGAGCUGUCAGGAGAAGCUCCUUUCCCCACCAGGGUCCUCCCAGGAGGCAGCUGACCCUACAGACACACCACACCCCUGCAGCCUCAGCUCCUCCCUUGUGGCUGACUACUCUGGCUCAGAGAGUGAAUGAGUGAGCAUUUGUGGACUAGACCCCCUCCAGAGGCCAUAAAACACCCAGGAGACCCUGCUCAGGCUACAGACACCUACCCCCACUGGAGAGCUCAAAUGCUAUCCCCUCCCUAGACCUGCCUUCCUACAACAAUGGAGUUGUUAUUUAUUUGGUCCUGGCAAGGGUGUUUGUGCCUUGUGAGCCCUGGAUAUUAAAGCCCUGCUCUUUGCCCCUGCCGUGGGUUACUAGAAGGUGCUUGGUUGCCUUCUGUCCCUUCCACCCAGCUAUACUGGGCAGGCCUCUCUCAACAGAUGCUUAUGUGGGGCCACAGAUGUUGUCCCCCCCCCCCCAGCAUAAUGAGGGCUUCAAAUUAGUGACUCGGGUUAACCUGGAGUCAGGGCAGUCUUCCUGGAGGAGAUGGCCUGGGCUAAAUGUGAAGGGUGGAAAGGGAGCCAGGCAGCAGUAGCCACAUAGGAAGCCCAGGGGCGAGGCACAAUGGGGUAUACCCAGGGCACUGGGGGCUGGAGCAUGCAGGCAUUCACUGUUAUUCUUAACUAAGGGGUAUACCUGUGGAAAAGCCACAGAAUGUUACGGUAAAAUGGCCCAGAAACAGUCAUACAUCCAUCAGUGGGCCUGACCCACCCCACUCCCCCUUCAAACUUGGAGAAUUAUUGAACAAAUAACGGAUUAAACAUCUGUAUCUUGUCAUUGGGAAUACAUCUUUAACUCUGGUCAGCCGGACGCUGAACACAGAACCUGGUGUCCAGUAGGCGCCCAAUAAAUCAUGCCACCUUUGUGGUUUGGAGGAGAAA